AUGGCGUUGUGCAUCCCUGGGUCGUCGCAAAACGCGUCGGCAGCCGCGAGUGUAGCCAGCACGAGCGACAGCACCAAUCCGUUCGGCCGACGGCUACUAACCAGUGUCGCCAGCUCCGCGAGCGCAGGUGACGAUGGCUACGUGCAGCUCGAGACCGAGUUCCCUGGCGCCAUAGCUAUCUCCAUGGUCGUGAACGCACUGUCCCUGCUUGGCUUCGCUUUCAUUCUCACCACGUACCUGUUGUUCCCACCCGUGCGAAAGCAGCACUCGUCGCUGCUCGUGUGGGUUGCGCUCAUGGGGAUGCUGUUCCACGGCACUGUGCUAGCUCAGACAUCCGCUACCUACGGUACUUGCUGCACCACGGCCCCUGUCGUCCAGCUCGCGCUAUUCUCACACGAACUGUACUUCUUUGCACUCGCAUUCAACUUCUACUUCACCACCAAGUUCCCCUUUCGGUCGUCGAGGUGGCUCAACCCGAUUUAUCACGUGGUGGUGUGGGGCACCAGUGUGGCUGUCAUGAUCGUAGCCUGGCAGCUAGGAACAGGCAGAGUCAGCUCCUACGGCUACUGCUGGUAUGCAGCUGAGGACGGCAGCGAAAACGACGAUGGCGAGUUUAUCCUGUUGGAGAUCUUCUUCAUUCCGGUUUGUGCUGGGUACUGCGUGAGCAUCGGCUGCUACAUCUUAGCUACCAAACGCGUUCGACUCACAAUGGGUGGGAACUCAAAAACUCGCACGAAUCUGGAUUCCAUGCGCAGUUUCUUGUUCUGGAGCUUUUCACUGUGGAUGAUCGUAACGAUCCCCUACAUCUUGCGGCACCGCAACGUGGUUGCCAUAAAUUCGUCUGGGGAGAAAGCUCUUCGUUUCGUAGGACGCUUGGGAAUUGCGUUUCUGGGUACCGGCAGCGCGAUAUUAUGGACGAAAUCUAUGGGCGUACUAAAGACGUUUAAGCUAUGGCGUCAACGCAACUGGGACGACUACUUCAAAGUAUACGACGCCUCAUGGGUGCUUCGUCGUGAAAUCUUGUACUUUGCCACCAAAGGUAUCCAGCUGGGUGCAAGUAGUGCCAAGGGAACCCCGGAGAACGACAGUACCAAUCCAAAUGUCGAGUCGAUUUUCUCCUUCACGCAGCGGUCAGGUAUUUUUCCGUGGCAGCUACGACUUGGCGCUGUAUCGCAGACCCCAAGUGUGCUGUCAUUUGAAUUGGAUGGUGCCACGUCUGGUCAGAAGGCGAUCUUCCGUGACUUUGAACCAGAGGUUUUUCAUGAAAUCCGACGCAUGUCUGGCAUCACUCGCGAAAGUUACAUCCAAUCGUUCAAGGGCAGUACACGCGAACGUUUCAGUGAAGGCAAGAGUGGUUCCUUUCUCUACUACACAGGCGACCAGACUUUCAUUCUCAAGACGUGCACCCCAGCUGAGCAAAAGUAUCUUCUGUACAUCCUCCCUCAGUACAUGGCCCACCUCCGUCGCAAUCCGAACAGUUACCUCUGUCGCUAUGUGGGCUGUCACGAACUGGUGAUGGAGCACCACUCCGUCUUGUUCAUUGUGCUCACGAACAUUCUGAACAAUCCUACCGUGAAUAUUGACGAGCUCUACGAUCUCAAGGGUGCAUGGGUUGGCCGUCACCGCGGCGACUCACCUAGUGGAACUCAACGUGUGUGCAAGUUUUGUGGUCACGACUUCGUUGUGGGGAUGUCCGAGGAGAUGUGUUCGCAGAACCCAAAUGCUGGAUUCGGCCAUGCGGAGUUUGUGGUAGGAAAAGAUCUGAACUGGUCGUGUCGACGCCUUGGUCUUCCCACCGAUGUUGCUGAGCAGCUAGGCAGUCAACUAUACGCUGAUACGGAGUUCCUACAGCGUAUGAACUCGAUGGACUAUAGUCUAGUGAUCGGUCUGAGUCGCCACAAAUCGUUUUCGACUUCCAGUGGAGGUGGAACAGUUCUCUCACGGAGCGGUGGCCCACCAGUGAAGGGAAAACUAUUUGUUGGUGGGAAUAGCAGUGACGAGGCGGGCUACUUGGAAUCACUGAGUCCUAAUGGUGCGACACUCCAAGGACUAAACCGCCCUAGGGGUAACUUAACGACAUUCGCUGCGGACGCUUGUGUCGUGAACAUGGGUAUCAUUGAUAUUUUGACCCCCUGGUCUUUCAAGAAAAGCCUUGAACGCUGGGUGCGAGUGCGACUACAGUGUCGUGACGCGAAGGGGAUUUCGUGCAUGAAACCCAUUCCGUAUGCAGACCGCUUCCGUCGUAAUGUGAUUGAUACUGUCAUUUUUGGUCGUCGGCUAGGCUCUAAGAGACGUCAUCCGGAAAAGCAGCAAGAAGAGUCGAUUAUGGUGGAUUUUACGAGUAUGUCCAUGGACGUGAAUUUCUCUAUGGACAUCGCGAAUCUGUCAAUGGAUACGACGUCAAACCUCUCCAUGGAGAUAUAA